UUAGAUUUCCGUGCAAGUAACCCCUAACAAGCAAUCCCAAUCCGCCCAUUCCCUAAUCCUUCUUCCUCCGACUUCUUCGUCUUCCUUUCCCUUUUCGCUGCUAAAAAAUUUGUCAAUCGAACUCAAUCUUCGCCUCCCGCCGCCGUAUUUUCGUUUCAAGAAGAUAGAAUUGAUGGCGAUACGUAAGAAAAUGAUUCAAUUGGCGUCGCCCGGUAAUAGUGGAGUCCUGAAAUCUCAUGGUCUUAUUGAUGCAAGCCUCUUCAAUGCAUCGCGGAACAGAACGGUUUCUCAGCUGACUAAACCUAGUGCACCUAACGGAAAUCGCGCAUUUCUUGUCAAUACUCUAGCUCUGGUUCGGAGAUUAGAAGCUCCAGGUGUGCCUUCAAAACAAGCAGAUGUAAUCACCUCGUCUAUUACUGAGGUGUUAAAUGACAGCUUGGAGAACAUAGAGCGUUCAUUCGUUUCAAAUGCAGAAAUGGAAAAGUCUAUGAUGUUGCAAGAAUCCGAACUGUCAAAGUUCAAAUCACAAGUUCAAAGUUCACAGGAGUAUCAUUUUUCCAUGUUGAAAGGCGAAACUGAAAAACUCCGAGUUGACAUUGAUAAAAUGCGCAGUGAAUUGAGGUAUGAAAUUGACAAGGUCACCGCCGGACAACGUUUGGAUUCAAAUCUUGAAAAAAGCCGUAUAAAAGAUGAGCUUGCUAAUCAAAAUGCAGAAACCACCAACCUUGAUAACAAAAUUGAUCGCGAAAUACACGCAUUAAGAACCCAACUGGAAGCAGCGAAGUAUGACGUGGCCAAGUACUGCAUUGGUACUCUUAUCUCCAUAUCGGCAGUUGGGAUUGCUGCAUUCCGCAUCUUUAUGUAGGGUGACUACAUUCUCGUAAUUAAUGGUGACAUUUAACUCAACUUUCAAUGCCAUUCUUUCUCAGCACUGGCUGCCUGUAUGGUAUCAUUGUAUGGUAGUGUUAGUGCCUAGAAUAUUCUUUUGGCAAAGACCAACUCUGUGGGGCUAAGUUGUCAUGAAAAUUUCCCCUAUAUAAAAGCUAAUUUUGGCUGGAACUCGUUGGUAUGCAAGUUUUUGAGCUGUCUGGCAAAAGAAAAAUGCACAAGA